AUGGAUAAUAAAAAAUAUGUGACAAAAUAAUAUGGUAGAGAAAUCAAAGCAUAAAAAAAAGAGGAAAUAAAAACAAUUAUUGAAUAAUUACAUAAAAAGUUUGAAUCAUAAGUAGAUCUUUUUUCUAUAUGAUGAAGGAUAAUGUUUUAUUAGAAUCAAAAGAAAUUUUAAAGAUUUGUGAAGAAUUCAAUGAUAUAUUUCUAGUGAAAAGAGAAAUGCAUAAUAUCUAAAAUUAAAUGAUUGAGAUUAUUGAUAUAAAAUUAAAUGUUGAUCCUGAAAUUGAAGAUAAAAUAUUAACAUCAAGUUUUAUCAUACAUCAAACAUUUAGGAGAGGAUUAAGUUUAAUUGGAUUUUAAAAUUAAUAUGUAUUACUUCGUAAAGGAAUGAUGAAAUUUUUUGAUAUGUAAAUGGUUUAUAGAAAUUAGAAAAAUAAUUGAUCAAGAAAAAGCAAAAUCAUAAGAAAAAAAUGAUUUAAAUAAUCUAAUAUCAUUUUACACUUUUGAGAGAAUAUACAAAGAAUUAGAAAAUGGAAAGUCUGUUAAAGUAAGGAAGUAUUUAAUAUUAUUUAGAUAUAAGUUUAAGAAAAAGCUAAUGGAGAAAAUGCAUAAAUAAGUUAUUAUCAACCUUUGAAUAUGUGGGUUAUUUGUUCCAAAAAUACUGCUAUUUUAUGUAAUGGAAUAGAUGAUUUGAAAAUGUAUUCAGAAUAAAAAUAUCAUCUUGCUAUAUAAAUUGCAAAAUAGUGGUUUAAUAUGAUUGAUUAAAAUCCUAAAUUAAUAGAGAUUAAAUAAGAAUUAGCAAAUUCUACUCUUAUUGGUGAAUAUUGUGGACAUCCAAAAUUUUAACACUUAGUAAAAUAUGAUAAUAUUUAUUUAAAAUUUUUCUCAAGAGUCAAACAUAAUAGUUUACUUACUUGUGAAUUUUAAAAUGAAUCUAGAUAGUUAUUUUAAAAAUAUUAACUUCCAACUGUUGCUUGUAGAUUGGAAGUUCAAGUGGAUUCAAAAGAGAAUCUGUUUAAUGAAUUAAAAAAAUUAAAAGAAAUAAUUAAAAUGAAGAGUAUAGAGGAAGAGGGAGAAGGAGCAGUUUUAUAUUUUUUAAAUGAUUAAGAUGAAUGUCUUUCACUUGGUAAAUUAAAAACUAUUGAAUGUAAUUUACAUUUAAAUUCUAAAUAGACAAAAUUCAUAGGUAAAUUAGAGAGUCAUUGAAAGAUUGUAUACACUAAAAGGGAAAUCCAGUAAAAACAUAUUAAGCAUUAUAAUAAAGUGUAUAAAAGUUUACAUCAAUUGAAUAAGGCAAACGAAAACAAUACUUAUAAUUUGCUGCUAAUUUACUAUAAGAAGCUUCAAAGUAAAUAUUUUAAAUAAUUUGAAAAGUUUUCUUAAAGGUCAGUAAGAUACAAAUAUAAAAUAAAUUUAAUAAAGACUAUUCAAUUUAAUUGAUAAAAGUUAUUUAGAUAUAAAAGAUAGAAUGUAAAAUAAAGGAAAAUAAGAAAUUAAUGUGUUUAAAUAAAUGUUAGAAUAAGAUGAAAAUAUAUAAUGAAAGAAUUUAUUUUUAUUUUUAAAGAAAUUAAAAUUAUGAUUCAGAUAUAAUUAAUAUUAUUUAUUUGAUGUAAAAGGUAUAACAAUAGAAAAAAAAGAAAUUAAGAGUAACCAAAAAUUUAGAGCCUAUCAUGAAAGAAUUACAAUAAUUUAGAGCAGACGUAUAAUUUAAUUUUUUAAUUAGUAACCAGAAACAUAAUUAACAUAUGAAGAAUUAGACAAUUUUUUAUAAUUAUAUAAUAAAGUGACAAGUUCAUAAAUUAUUGAAUGCAAACUCUAAAAUUUAGAUCUUUAAAUUAGAGAUGUUAAAUUUAAGAUUCAUUAUGAGGAAGAUACUUUAUUUUCAUUAAAUAAAUAAAUACAUUAAAAUUUUAGAAGGGGAUUGGCAUUUGUAAAUUAUGGAUAAGGUUGGAAAAUAUUAAGAAAAGGAUAAAAAAAGUUCUUUGAUUUAUAUUUUGAUGAUAUUUAAGGAAAAGGUGAUUAAUUUUGUCAAAGAAUUAAUUAUUACAAUAUUGGAAGAGCUGAAGAAUUAGCUUCAUAAAAUAAAUAAAUAAAAAUCUAUAUAUCAGAAAAAGCAAAUGGUGAAAAUUGUUAGAUUUCAUAUUGUAAAGAUAUUGACAGUUGGAGUAUUUCAUCUAAAAAUAAAACUCUUGUACUAAGAGAUGAAAAUGAUAUGUAAGCAUAAUGUUAUUAAAAUGAUUCAUAUAAAGUUGCAUUAAUGAUUGCAAAAUAAUGGUUUAGAGAAUUAUAAUAAAUAAAUUAACCAUUAAAUGGUUUAAAAAAUAUAUUAUAAGAUCAUACAUUUGUUGGUGAAUUUUGUGGUCAUGUUUAACUUUAACAUUUAAUUAGAUAUGAUGAUGUAUAAAUAAGAUUUUUCUCAAUUGUAAAGAAAAAUGGAAUUGAAACAUGUUUAUCACCUAAAUUUUCUCAAUAAAUCUUUGAAAAUUUAUAAUUGAAAACAGUUAAAUUUAGAGAAAUUAUAGCAAAUGGAAUUGAGGAUUUAAAAAUGAAAUUAUUAGAAUUAUAAAAAGAAAUAUCUCAAAUGACUUUAAAAGAGAUGGGAGAAGGAUCAGUAUUAUAUUUUUGUAAUUCAGAGAAUGAUGAAUGUUUAUCAUUAGCAAAAUUAAAAACAAUUGAAUGUAUUUAUAAUAUAAAUAUAUAGAUCGAAUUAUUAGAAAAAUAAGAGAAAAAAUGAAAUCAUUAGUUUAUAAAAAAAUAGAUAAUAAAAUAUGUUUGAAUAAAUUUAUCAAUGAAUGUUAACAAUUUCCAUACUUUAAUGAUCCAGAAUUUUAAAAAGCUUAUUACAUUGAAUUAUGCACUAAAUUAUUGAGUUUUGGUUCAUAGUAAUUAAUAAAUUAUAUUUUAGUCUAAUAAAAGAAUUGAAGGAAGAAAAAAUUUAUAAGAGUGUUUUCAAUGUAAUAAAAUAAAGUUUUUUGGAUUUUCUUGAUUUAAUUAAAUAAAAUGCUCCAUUUGAUUUUAUUGUCAAUCAUUUUGUCAAGAUGAAAUAAUAAAAUGUAGAAUAAAUUCAAGAUAUUGAUGAUAAUGAGGAUGAAUUAGAAUGA